AGAAACAACAAGGAAAAAACAGGUGACUACUCAAUUUGAAUCUUAUACGAAAGCAUCUAUCAGUAUUGAUGUGCUGUCGCUUUUAUUGGUUUUUUCUAUAAAUUCAGCUGUUCUGUCUAUAAGAAAGAAUUAUGCCUAAUCUGGAUAUUUUCUAGGAUAAAUUGUAUUUGAGAAAACUGGGAUAAUAUUAAAAUAAAGCGGAGUAUAAAGCCAUAUGGGUUUUAUCGAUGACAUGAAUUACUCUGAAGGUGGAAAUGUUAGGAUAUAUUUCAGAAUAUUACUAGUAUUUGUUAUUGCGAUACAUCCAGUGAUGUUUAUAUUCUUCCUCUUCCUAAAAAGGAUCAUGAAGUUGUCAAUUUUACUAUUAAACCAGUCCCGAUGGUUAGUUCAUUGGAAUGGCCCCCUGAAAGGCCUAAAGUAAAACCAGACUCAGUUGUUAAUGAGUUUAAGAGUACCAUAUCACAACCAAAUGUUCCGGAUCUACCUCAAUGGCCAUUACCACUACCUCCGAAUGAAACAAACAAUCACUUUGUCGUCUAUGAAUGCUUUGAUAAACUAUGCGGUGGAUGGUCCAAUAGACUUUAUGGGAUGAUUGGUGCCUAUUUCAUCGCGAUAAUCUAUGAUAGGUCCUUAGCAAUAAAAAUAAAUCGACCAUGUUCUCUAGUGCACUUUCUACAACCAAGAUAUGUUCAAUGGGAUGUCGACAUUCCACAAAAUUGGAUCAACAUUAGCUUUAACGAAAUAAAUGGUUAUGAAAUUUCUUUCGAUAAAUUAAAGGAUUUGGAUAAAAGUCUAAGAAAUCAAAGAAAUCCCGUAAUUAAUAUUCAUAUAGCACAAACUGGAUAUAUAGCACUAUUCUCAAAAGUGAAAUUUUACAGAACGAGGCUUCUUGAAAAAGGAUUUAGUGAAAGUCAAUUGGAUAAAUUAACUUUUUUACAUUUUCCUUUAAAAUAUCAAAUUUAUGAUCUGUUAUUCAAAUUAAAGCCGUAUCUACAGGAAAGGAAAGAUAACUAUUUAAAGACUUUUGAUAAGAAACCACUUAUUUGUGCUCAUGUACGAACAGGAGGUGGCAAAACGAUUCCGGGAGAUGCCGCUAGAGGAAGGAUGUUUGGAACAAAAACGCUCUGGGCAUUCUUACAAGAGAAACUACAAAUUAAUAAAUUUAAAGAUGCUAAAGUGUUCCUUGCUACUGAUGAUGAUGAAGUUCGAGAAGAGUUUAAAAAAACAUUUGGACAUGUAGGGACAGAGAUAUCAGGCAAUAUAGUGCAUAUUGAUAGAUGGAAAUCUCAAAAGAGAACCAUUCAUGAUAAAGCAGCUGCAUGCCACGGAAUGGAUAAAGUAUUAUUAGAUUUUGAAAUUAUGAGUGAAUGUGAUCUUCUUGUGAUAACUUGGCGAAGUGGAUUUAGUACAAUGCCUGCCUUACGAAAUAGACAUCGUAAUGAAUUAUACGUUUGGAGAUGCGAAGGAGGUAGUUGUUGGAUUGAACCAUUUUAUAAAUUUCAAAAUGAAACUAGAAAUUUAUUUAUAAAUGCAAUCAAAAAGCUGCCAUUUUUAAAUUGUGAAGAUAUUUUAUACUGUUAA